UCACAAACAAUUGCAUCGAUAAAGGAGAACAGAAAGGAUGCACGUAAAAAUUACUUGAAAAACAAAAACUGAGGAACACAAUAUGAGUUUGGUAGUAGAUUCCUUUUACUGUAUUGACCUCUUUCAUGUGUUUGUUUAAAAAAGCUUUUAAACAAUUCGAUUUUACGUUACAGCGAGGUUCCGUUAAUUAAAUUUCGACAAAACUGCCCCUUUCUAUUCUCACCGAUUCAAUCGUUUUACCAUUCAAUCAUUCAUCGUCAAGUUUAUUUUUAACUGUCCGAUGACAUUAUUGUAUUUUUUUUUAAUUCGGGACCUGUCGACAUUGUAUAGAAAAAAACUUUUUUGUUCUUGACAAGGUACGUAUAAUUUGUUACAGACUGACACGUCACGGUAAGUCAACAUUUCAUUCUUCCCAGUAAACACCGUGCAUCAGUUAUUACAUUGCGUUUAUGUUACAAUUGGAUUACGUUCCGCGGUGUCUUUCGCAAAAAAUUGCGCAAAUCGAACGUCCGUCGAUACCUCGAUACCUCGACCAGUCGAUUUCCUCGCGUAUCGAUGUCCCCACUCCGCGGCCAUGCGCGACCCCCGAUCGGUUUUAUUCUCCCCCGCCCUGCGGGAUGACUCAUUGCCGCGCCGGACGCGACUCUCGCGCUGUCUGGCGGUGGUGCGCGUAGUCGCGAACAGCUGUCGUCCGUGUGGGCCGUGUGUCAAAUCUUGGCAGGGGGUUAGCCGCGAGGAGCCGCCGUCGGGGCCUGCUGCGGUACCCGGGGGGCCUGGUUUGCCGAGCCGUCCAGCGGAAGUUUCUCCCCGCGUUCGGGACGAUUUGCGCGUGAUCCGGUAGGCAACGACGCGACAUCACCAUGGCGUUCGCCGGGCUCAAGAAGCAGAUCAACAAAGCGAAUCAGUACAUGACGGAAAAGAUGGGCGGAGCAGAGGGAACGAAGCUCGACGUCGAUUUCGUGGAUAUGGAGAGGAAAACAGACGUCACGUACGAGCUGGUGGAGGAGCUGCAGAUGAAGACGAAGGAGUUCCUUCAACCGAACCCGACGGCGAGGGCGAAGAUGGCCGCGGUCAAGGGUAUCAGCAAACUCAGCGGCCAGGCAAAGGCGUCCACCUAUCCCCAGCCGGAAGGUGUACUUGGCGAUUGCAUGCUCCUUUACGGCAAGAAAAUGGGCGAAGACAGCGUUUUCGCCCAGGCUCUCAUUGAAAUGGGCGAAGCCAUGAAGCAGAUGGCGGACGUCAAGUAUUCGUUGGACGAUAACAUCAAGCAGAACUUCCUCGAGCCGCUGCACCAUCUGCAGACUAAGGAUCUGAAAGAAGUGAUGCACCAUCGGAAGAAACUGCAAGGCCGUAGGCUGGACUUCGAUUGCAAGCGAAGACGCCAGGCGAAAGGUUCUCACGUUUCAGACGAGGAGAUUCGUCAGGCCGAGGAGAAGUUCGCGGAGAGCCUCCAUCUGGCGCAGAUGGGCAUGUUCAAUUUGCUGGAGAACGACAUCGAACAAGUGGCACAAUUGGCAACUUUCAGCGAGGCUCUUCUCGAAUAUCAUCAGCAGUGCACUGAGGUUCUCAGGGGGUUGACGGAAACACUCUUGGAAAAGAAAGAAGAGGCCGCAAAUAGACCAAAGUUGGAAUUCGUGCCGAAGACACUGGCGGAUCUGCACGUGGACAGCGGAUUGCCGACGUUGGACCAUAUGAACGGUGGGAACUUCUCUCUUCACGGGGCAAGUCGGGCCGGCUCUCCGAUUCACGGGGACGGGAAGCGCUCGCAGCUCGAGCUAUUUCCGGCCGGAAACCCGCCACAAUCUACCAAUGCUUCACCCUUGCCCUCGCCGAGCAAAUCGCCAGCGAGAACGCCGAUACAGAGAUCGCCGUGCUGCACAGCCCUGUACGACUUCGAGCCCGAGAAUCCCGGCGAACUUGGAUUUAAGGAAAACGACACGAUCACCUUGACCCAGAAGAUCGACGAGAAUUGGUAUGAGGGUAGCCUGGACGGCCGCACCGGUUACUUCCCCGUGACCUACGUGCAGGUCGUAGUGCCAUUACCCUAAGAGGACGCCGCGCAUUUUGAAGCCAAAGACCCUGCGUAUUCGUUCACUAGCAUCUACCAUUACAGGAUUACUCUGCUCUCCAGCUAGCCUAAAACCUAGACGACUUUUCGACGACCUAUCUUAUCUAUCUUAUUGUCACUUACGUUGCGGUUUCAAGCUUACGUCCAAGACACAGUCCCGAGUUUCUCUAGACCUUUCUCCACGCCCUCUAUACGGAGACCUCCUUCCCCAUAGACCCCUCCCACCCCCCCGAGAAUAGACCUGUUAUGCAUAUUAAUGUAUAUAUAUAAUGUUAUAGUGUAUUUUAUUGACGUAAGGACCGCGCGCGCAGAAAUACACAUACACACGAGUAUGCAUAGGUACAUAUAGACGUAUUAGACAUACACACACACACACAGACACACAUAUACAGAUACAAAAAACGCAGACUGUAUUAAUACGUAUAUAAAUACACACACGCAUACACAAACACUCAGACAUCAAAGUACCUACGAUAGCAGUUCACUGUCAAGGGCGGCUCUCUCCUCAUCUACUUUUCUACAUUAUCUUCCGUCUCGUCGAGAUGCUUUCGAGAUACUUUCAAUAAUAUAGUUCGAGUGCACAAAGGAAGAAAAUCGAGCCUAGCGUGAAUCGAUUUAUGGUGGGAGCGCGAAUUUCCCGAUUGUUCCCUUUGGCAUUUAAUUAGUUUCGCCACCGAAAGUGUCGUAUCGUUUCGGUAACGAGCCGAUAAACUCGCGCUCUGUUUGUUCUGUUGCGAACUACUUCGUUCGGAUAAUAUGUAUCGCUUGUGGAUUUCGGACGGGGUGAGAUUGCUCCAGCCGUGUUGUUGACUUCGUCGCUGAGGUAAGUGAAGGCUUUUAGCUGCGGCAUUACUUUAUUGUCGACAUUGACGCCAAACCUGGUUAGAAUUUAGAGGUCUUCUGCUAAUACUUAUAUUAUCAAUAUUAAUAUUAAUAAUAUAAUUAUUAAUAUCAAACAGAGGGCAGUUCGAAUUGCUAAUCUAGAUGUGAGUCAAGUAAUGCCAGGCGUCAAUGAAGUAAUGCCAGUUCAGUCUAGGAAGUCAUUGAGCUGCCAAUAUAAAGGAGACGACUAUCAAGCGAUUUUGCGAUUCCUCUUUAACUGUUGCAUUUUUAAUUGUUACAUAUGUAUAUGAUUGUUACGUAAGAGUGAAUUUUAACGCGGCUGGAGCAGUCUUAUCUCGCUCCACUAACUCGCCCUCCUUUCGCAAAGGAUUCUUGGCCACUAAGUCGCGUAAGUUACUUCAUGACUCUCAUUUAUCAUGUUAAUUAAUUAAGCGCACGGCUUUCCUCGCGAGAGUUUGAUCAUUCAACCGCGGCGCAUAUUUUGCGUUGGUCCGCGCGGCGCAGCAAACUCGUUACACGUGUAAUGUUCUCGUAUGAUAAUAAUGAUCGCAAUUCGUGUUUCCAUUCCUCAAUCGAAUAACUGUUCUUUUGGCUGCUUACCGUUCGCUCUUCACUUUCCUUUGUCUUUCUUUUUUUUUAUUAAUUGCUAGGCGACACUCUCUAGCUAGACGUUAGGAUUUUUACUUUAAGCGAAAUGGCGGCAAAUCUCUUCCACGACAUCAUUAUCUGUGAUUAUUAUAGAUAAUUGCUGGCACUGAUUGUUUUUGACGGUUCAAUGCGGCUGUCAGAAAACUUUCGGGUCGAUGUUGAUGGUGCAACAAAAAACUUUGAGAAAAUGGAAAAUCGAUUUAUCGGGAACAUUGUUCAAUCAACUGCUCUUUGUAUUCGCACGUAUAUAUUGUUUCAGAUUUAUUUUUAAUUGCAGAAAAAUGCUCGACGGUUUAUUGAAAUAUUUAGCUGUGAUGGUUUCGGAAGAAAUGAAAGAUUAUUUCCGUACCAGAGAGGCACUAGUACUAUUUUCAAAAACUAUGUGAAAUUUUAAAAAAUAAUAUAAUAUUUAAUUUUUCAUAUUAGUAUUAUAUUUUAAAAUUUGGCUUUUUUUCUUGAAUUUUCAACACACUCGAAACUUUUCCGACAUCUUUCGCGACAUCUUUUACAUAAUUCGCCUCGUUUUAAAGAAAAUUUUAAUUAAUUAUUCAGAAUGUAAAUAUAAUUUUUUGUAAAACGGCCAGAAGUAAUAGUUUUAAUUAAUUAUUAACCGUCGACGUAACGGCGCGGGAGUAAAACGAGAAUGAGGAGAUAGCAGACUUCCCGUUUAAUGUUUAUAUAUUAAGUAUGUUUUACGUGAGCGCCCGGCAACAAUUAUACUUUCGCAACGUCCUGACGUCAGAUUUCCUUUCCUCCUUUCUGACUUUGUAUGAGAGUUCAACCGCCAGAACAAUGAAAGUAAUUAAGGAACUUGGUUAUUUGUUGCCACGUGGAUUUUAGGUAAAUCUUCGAGCGAGAUAUCUGCUAAGCAUAAUGUAAUGACACUAGAGUAUAUUACUUACACGUAUACAUAUUGUCGAUAAAGGCGACGGCGAGACUCGACCGCGUUAUCUCUUCAUUAUCAUUGUUCAUAUAUUUUAUUGUCAUUAUUAUAUCACUGUAAUCGCCGCACUGGCAAAAUGUUCUUGAUUACAUAUACAUUGAAUUCCGAAUGAGAUUCUAUUAAAUCGAAGGAUUUCAGACUCGGGACAUUUUCCGAAUUGAGUGCGCCGCUGAUAGGAUAAGAACAGAUACGCAGAGGACAUAGAAUAAUAUGAUUUCGUAGCUUUCAGCUUUUCCAAAUAAUUUGUGCCGUUCGUUAAAUUACUUUCCGAGCAAUAACGUAAGAUUCUCUAAUAAAGUAGAUUAUAGAGCUAAAAGAAUUUUUAACAAAGUUGUAGAAUUUUCGUACGUAGCGUAGAGCGAUGUAAAGGGAGACGGAUGGCUUAAAAAUAGUGAUAAUCUCUUACAUUCCGUUGGAAUUAGAGUACCUACAAUAAUACGAGUAUUAAAGUGACAUAGUUGUAGUAGAAGUGCCAUCAAAUCGGAGAAUGUUCCUUGUCCCGCAGAGCGAUACGCCGAUAACGAAGGCAUGUUCGUUCACGAUUAAGCAUAAUUAAAGUUUACAAUCGCUAUAUCGAUUAAAAUACCACCAAUGUUAUCACUUGCUGCUAUCACCGUCGCCAGUUAAGUCCUUACUUGAGACAGACGACGAGUAAUGAACGGAGAACAAGUCGUGGAACGUGGGAAAAAUGGUCCGCAUGCAAAUUUCAUCUACACUGUAAUCGCUGUGAGAUAAAACGAAAUCCCUUUCGGAACUCGAGGUGUUAUCGAUGUUGUGCAAUAUUAAGAGUUUAACAUCAUCGGUGUUUAGCCGGUGGGGGCCAUCGCUGGAUCAGUGUUUCUCAAAACGUCGCAGAGAUUUGCAUGGGAAUGGAGGGAGGGACGACAAAGUGGGGCGAAAGUGAAUGGCAAUUGUUUCGUGUUGUUGAAUUACUACUUCUGCUAAUUAAUGGGCAUGAAGGGUGUAAUCUGCCAGAAAUUUAUAUUAAUUUUCCUCUUGUGUAAGGGCGACGCUACGUCGAAUCCUACGAUCACUUUCGUUCCAGUAAUCUCGUCUGAUUUUCACUCUCGGUUAUUCGCAUGGUGUAUUUUGCGCGUCGCCGUAUGGUGGAAUUAUUUUCUGGCUUCUUAAAACUUAAAAUUAAAUUUAACUUAAAUAUAAACGCGCGUGCACGGUUUGAAAUUGUCCUCUAGUAGUCGAUGGCCACAGAUUAAUCACCGAACUGCAAGAACUAAUACAUAUAUUGACACAAGAUUACGAUAGUUGAAAUUAAGAAGAUUUAAUUUCAGCCUUUACCUUGCAAACAGUUAAUAUUAACGGUUCACUUUUAAUAAACCUUGCAUUAUAUGUAACAGAAAUCUAAUAUAGAGAAAGUCAAAUGCUCAUUAAACUGAUGCGAGUAACCGAAGAUUGGAAAAAACAACUUCUACCCCUCACAGUUCGAUCGCCAUGUUUUUUGUCUAUAUAAUGAGAGACUGAAGAAGCUUUGUCAAUUAGAAUGAUAGCAAUAAACCGCAGACUAUCCCGAGUAGUGAAUUAAGGGCGGAUGAUGAUUGUUGAAGGUCCGAGGCUAAUACUUUCUAGGUCCCCAAUGAACAACGGAAAUUUAAAAAAAAAUAAAAAUUUCUUAUUCUACACAA